UGGAGGCUGUAUAAUGCCAGGCAGGAAGCUCCAAUUCAGACUCAUUUGUUGAUGUGUUUCAGGUCCGACAACAUUUCUCAGUCAUCACUGUUUAUGGCAUAUAGCGUGAGCAGGAUAACAUACUUUCUUGUCACUCGGACGGACACAAACCGGAGCAACAAUGGCCGGCGAAAACGUGAGUGUGAUCUUCAAGUUGUACUGCCUGACAGUGAUGACUCUGGUGGCAGCUACAUACACAGUGGCGCUGCGGUACACAAGGACUAUCUCAUCUGGAGACCUGUACUUCUCCACAACUGCAGUGUGCAUCACCGAGGUCAUUAAAUUAAUACUGAGCCUGGGGAUGCUGACAAAAGAAACGGGAAGCCUCAACAGACUGAAGAACGCCAUCGUGGAACAUGUGUUCCUCAGCCCAAAAGAGCUGCUGAAGCUGAGCGUUCCCUCUGUAGUGUAUGCAGUUCAGAAUAACAUGGCCUUUCUUGCCUUGAGUAACCUUGAUGCAGCUGUUUAUCAGGUCACCUACCAACUGAAGAUCCCAUGCACAGCUUUGUGUACUGUCCUCAUGCUGAGCCGCUCUCUCAGCCGCCUGCAGUGGUUCUCUGUCUUCAUGCUCUGCGGAGGCGUUACACUUGUACAAUGGAAGCCUGCAGAGGUCACUAAAGUCCAGAUUGAGCAAAAUCCUGCUCUUGGCUUCAUCGCCGUUGCUAUUGCUGUUCUUUGCUCUGGAUUUGCAGGUGUGUACUUUGAAAAGGUACUGAAGAGCUCAGAUACAUCUCUGUGGGUGAGGAAUAUACAGAUGUACCUGUCGGGCAUUGUGGUCACACUGAUCGGUGUUUGCGUGACCGAUGGUGAAAAAAUCCUGGAAAAAGGCUUCUUUUUUGGUUAUACACCCUGGGUGUGCUUUGUAGUAUUCCUGGCCAGUGUGGGAGGUCUGUACACAUCGGUGGUGGUGAAGUACACAGACAACAUCAUGAAGGGUUUCUCUGCUGCAGCUGCCAUUGUUCUCUCAACUGUGGCGUCUGUCAUUUUGUUCGGACUACAGAUAACAAUCACAUUUGCCUCUGGUGCCAUCCUAGUGUGUAUCUCCAUCUAUCUAUAUGGACUUCCAAAGCAAGACACAUCCAAGCUGAGCCGGCAAGACACAGACAAGGAACUCAAACAGAAACUGAUCACUGUGUGAGUCGCUGCCUGCAACAGAGAAACGUCUUGAACCAGGUGUGUCUUUAGGGUUUACUGGGGAUGUAAAAGAGCUCCCGCCCUGGGGGGAUUAGGGAGCCAAUCUGGUUAUAUUUCAAAUGAACACUCAGUUGGGCUGGUUCUGUGUCCAGUUUAUCACAUAGACGACAGCUUUUGUUACAUCUCAGUGUAGGUCUAAUCUGUCAAUCCAGCCCACAUCCAACCACAUGGGACUGGUGAGAGUACUAUGAAUUUUUUAAAUGAUUGAAUGAAAGUUUUUUAUUUUUGUUCAAUCAGUAAUUACUGAUUGACUGUGCAAUGUGAGUGUCUUAUGUCCAUAUCACAUAGUGCUGAAUGUGCCCAAAUCACAGAACAUAUUAUAAAGAAGGCUGACGACCGAUAGCACAUGUGAAUAUAUUUAAAAUAUUUCUUGAGUGUCUUUUAUUUGUAUCACAUCUGUGUCGGAUUCUGCUUUAAAAGUCAAUUUAAAGCUUUUAUUAAAACUGAAUGGAGAUGUACUACCAAGCGACAGUCAGUAUUUCUGAAUUUUCAGAAUACACACAAUCCUAACGAUGGUUUUGAACAGUCGUUCAUUAAACCUUUCCCUAAAAUAGCGACUGUCGAAUCAUAGUUCAGCAAGUGUAAAUAGGUACAGGAGGUCUGUCAAGUUUCAGAUUUUUCCACAUGCUAAAGCGAUGUUUAUGGGGCGGUAGUGUUAGUGAUACUUGUUAUUCAAAGUCUGUUUUUUAGCUUUUCCAAAACAAAAUCAUUAGAAUGACAAUGGAUUAAAUGUAAAUUAAUAGGGUUUGUUUGCUCUUAUGCAGUGGUGGAAAGUAACUAAGUACAGUUACUUAAGUGCUGUACAUUAGUACAGUUUUGAGGUGCUUGUACUUAACUCACUUCCAUCUGCAGCCACUUAACACGUCUACUCCACUACAAUUCCAUGGCACUUCAUUCAUUUGAUAAUUUUAUUAAUUACCCUGAAGAUUGAGAAUAGAAGAAUAAUUCAAAAUAUAAUCAACAAAUUACAAUGUUUACAAGUUACCCCACAGUAUAUAGAUAUUUAAAACAAUGCCCACUUUUACCAGCUGCAACAUUUACCUAAUGUACACAUUAACAAUUAUAAUCCAUUAUUGUGAUAGAUCAACUGUUAAUUUUUAGGACAUGCAGCUUUAACCUCAGUCUUUGAGUGUCAUCAUUUUAAAAAUAGUCAGAAAGAAACAUUAAAGAUUUAAUCUGAUAAGUGCUUUCAAUUUACUCGUGGGGCUAACGUUAGUUUAAUUAGCUGGCUACCAACAGUAAAUAUAGUAAGUGGCAGUUUUCAUUUAAGCCAGCAAAAUUCACGGUCACCAGCAAGUAAUGAGAAGCCAACUUUUGUCUAUCUCAGUCUGAAAUCAAGGUCCCAUUGAGUCGAAAGUUAAGAGGUUCGAGUGCUAAAAAAGCUUGACAGCCAUAGCAACAGUAACCAUGGGGGCAAGGCUUAUUGAACGUUCGGUCAUCAUAGUCUAGGCUCCUCUCUGUAACUAAGUAUGUCAGACUGUAGCAACAAAAGGUCCAUCUCACAGCUGUUCUUAAACUUAACAUCUUCUCACACGAUCUUCCUCAGCAGAAGGUUGUUUGCUCAGUUGUGUGGUAAUUAAAAGGUACAGAUUAUUUAUUUUUUCUGAGCAUUUUAAGGGACUACUUGUCUACUGUUGACUAUAAAGAAAUAAACGUUCUGUCUCCACUUUUAAGUCGUUUAUUUGGGAGGCAUGGAUUUCCAGUUUCUGAUGACAUACCUUUUGUUCUUUUGUAGGUUCAGCACACUGUCAUUGAGCUACUUUGGGCAAAUAAAUGUUUUACACUGAGAACAUACAGGGAGUUUUGAGCAUUGUAUCGUUUAGUGGUUGUUCUCCAUACUCUUUUUGCACAGCAUUGUGGACAUUCCACCUAUUUAAAAUCCGCAUAUUACUGACAUAACCUUUAUCUGUGAUCUUGAAUACAUUGACAUUUCAUUUUGUUCCCAUUGUUUAUAGUAAACUGGUCCUGUUAAAAAAAAAA